AUGAAUAUCUUACUCUUUUGUCUAUUUAUUUUACUUAGUGUUUCACAGUACGAAUGCGAAACACCAUCAUGCAAAACGAAUUGCACAACAAUCGAAGAAUGUUGGCGUGAAGCUUUAGCUUACCGUUCAUCAGAAUUAAUUGAACAAUUAUUUUCAUUUAGUAGUCUUUCUGUUUAUGUCGAUACAUUUCAACGACAUCAUUCCAAUGAACUAAAUGACAGUAUAUUAUUUGUUGACAAAGCACUUGAAAAUCAUUUAUCAAAUGAAUCAAUCGAUGGUGACCUAAAUAUAAAUUUAUUUAGAACAACAAAACAACUACUUAUUGAUUUAUGUACAAAUUUAACAUCAAAUCCAAUUGAAACAGUUGAGGACCUUCCAACAUUAACGUGUUCAUUAUCAACAUGUUCUACGGAUUUAACAAAUUUUAUGGUACUUUUAAUAAUUAGUAUAAUCAUUGCUAGUUUAGUUCUUCUUAUUUGUAUUGUUCAAUCUUUUCAAACAUAUCGUCGAACACGUCCUCCAAAAAUAAUUCCACAAAAUCGUCAAAGCACAUAUUCGUUGUCAAUUAAUAAUUCAUCUCGUAAUUUGAACUCUUCUAAUGUAUUUUAA